AUGCAGGAGGCAGUCUUUCUCCUGGUUCUCCUGGGUGCCAUGUCAGGGGGAGAGGCACUGCACCUAAUUCACUUACCUGCUACAGGCAACGUGACAGAGAAUUCUCCACCCGAGACUUUGGUGCACAAGUUCUCCGUGAAAUUAUCAGCAUCCCUGUCACCUGUGAUUUCAGGGUUUCCCCUGAUAAUCAACUCAAGUCCCCUCACUGAAGCCUUCAGAGUGAAUCGGUUGUCAGGCACCGACUUCGAGGUUGUCACCACUGGGAAGGAACAGCUAGAUUUUGAAAUAGGACCAAACAUAUUUGAUUUGCAGAUUUAUGUUAAGGAUGAGGUUGGCGUCACAGACCUGCAGGUCCUGACUGUCCAGGUAACAGAUGUGAAUGAGCCGCCUCAAUUUCAAGGCAACUUGGCGAAAGGUCUAGACCUCUACAUAGUCGAAGGAGCAAACCCUGGAUUCAUUUACCAGGUUGAGGCCUUCGAUCCGGAAGACACAAGACGAAACACACCCCUCAGUUAUUUUCUGAUUUCACCCUCAAAGAGCUUCAGAAUGUCUGCUAAUGGUACCCUCUUCUCUACAAUAGAAUUGGACUUUGAAGCAGGACACAGAAGUUUCCCUCUCAUUGUGGAAGUGAGGGAUAGCAGCGGCCUCAAAGCCUCCACAGCGCUGCGGGUGAACACUGUGAACGUCAACGAUGAAGUCCCUCGCUUUACCAGUUCAACACGAGUGUAUACAAUUCCAGAAGAACUGAGUCCAGGAACCAUUGUGGCCAAUAUCACAGCUGAGGACCCUGAUGGUGAAGAUUUUCCCAACCACCUCCUCUACAGCAUUACCACUGUCAGCAACUAUUUUAUGAUAAACCAGUUGACUGGUACAGUGCAAGUGGCUCAGAGGAUAGACCGUGAUGCAGGUCAAUUAAGACAAAAUCCCACCAUUUCUCUGGAAGUUCUGGUAAAAGACAGACCCUAUGGGGGUCAGGAGAAUCGCAUCCAGAUAACCUUCAUUGUGGAGGACAUCAAUGACAACCCUGCUACGUGCACCAAGUUCACCUUCAGCAUUACGGUGCCUGAAAGAGCAGCCAGGGGGACGUUGCUUCUGGACCUGAACAAGUUCUGCUUUGAUGAUGACAGCAAAGCACCAAACAACAAAUUCAACUUCACCACGCCAUCUGGAAUGGGGAGCAGCAGCAGAUUUUCACAGGAUCCAGCUGGCUCUGGGAAAAUUGUGUUGAUUGGUGAUCUAGAUUAUGAAAACCCAAGUAAUCUAGCAACCGGCAAUAGAUACACUGUGAUAACGCAGGUGCAGGACGUUGCCCCUCCUUACUAUAAAAAUAACAUCUAUAUUUAUAUCCUCACAAGCCCAGAAAACGAGUUUCCUCUCCUCUUUGAUAGGCCAUCCUACAUAUUUGAUGUGUCAGAAAUAAGACCAGCUAGGACCCAGAUUGGACGGGUGCAAGCAACCGAUAGAGACUUCCCCCAGAGCAGCAUCACGUACUCCAUCUCCACUGGAGGGGCCAGCCUCCAGCACCCGAACAUAUUCUGGAUUAAUCCCAAGACAGGAGAACUCCAGCUAGUAACUAAAGCGGACUAUGAAACAACCCCUGUCUAUAUGCUCAGAAUCCAGGCCACCAACAGCGAGGACACAAGCUCAGUCACUGUUACUGUGAACAUCCUUGAAGAAAAUGAUGAAAAGCCAAUUUGUACCCCAAACUCUCAUUUCCUGGCCAUCCCAGUGGAUCUGAAAGUUGGCACAAAUAUUCAAAAUUUCAAGCUGACGUGUACUGAUCUUGAUUCCAGCCCCAGAUCUUUUCGUUAUUCCAUUGGCUCAGGCAACAUCAACAGUCAUUUCACCUUUUCUCCCAAUGCCGGAUCCAACAUCACCCGCCUGCUGCUUGCCACUCGCUUCAACUAUGCUGGUGGGCUUGAUAAGAUCUGGGACUACAAGCUGCUUGUCUAUAUAACUGAUGACAACUUGCUGUCUGGCAGGAAGAAAGCUGGAGCUCUUGUUGAAACAGGGACGGUGACACUGAGUAUUAAAGUCAUUCCCCACCCAACCACGACCAUCACCACAACCCCCAGGCCCAGGGUCACCUACCAGGUCCUGAAGAGAAAUAUUUACUCUCCUUCCGCGUGGUACGUGCCUUUUGUCAUCACUUUGGGCUCCAUAUUGCUUCUGGGUCUCCUGGUGUCUCUGAUCAUCCUAUUGGCCAAAACCAUCCACAGAUACUGCCCCUGCAACAUUGAGAAGGACAAGAAACCUCUGAUAAAGAAAAGAGAAAUGAAGAAUGCAGACAGAGAGGUUGUGGUGGAAACAGUCCAGAUGAAUACUGUCUUUGAUGGAGAAGCCAUAGACCCAGUGACUGGGGAAAUGUACAAAUUCAACUCAAAAACUGGAGCCAGAAAGUGGAAACAUCCAUUAACCCAAAUGCCAAAAUGGAAAGAGUCCAGCCCCCAGAGAGCUGCCACAAGCGGAGUCACUGCUGGGAAAGGGGCAGGGCCCCUGCGAAGGACCAACAAGGAGGGUGAUAGGCCAGGUGGCAAAGCACAGGCUCAGGACGCAGGCCAGGGGUCCAGGCACGGGGAGAGCAAGCCGGGCACGCCCAAGAACAGAAACCCAGCCCUCCCAAGCAGGGAGUCCCCCAAGCCCUACCCAGGAAAGUAA